AUGGCCGACAAUUGGCAAGGGGACUAUUCCACAAACUCACGAUGCUAUUACUCGAACGACUUGAACACGGUGGACACGACGAUCCUGUUUUGUGUGUCGGGGCUCUUUGGGGUGGUUACCAACGCGUUGUUUGCCCUCGACACAAAGUUUUGGAUGACUCUGUAUAUGGGCCUCAUCGCAUUGCGACUGCUACACAUCGGCACGCUGCGCAAAUACUUGUAUCCGUUUGGCGAGUUGAUGGAUGCCGACUUGCGCAGCUCCAUCAAAACAGACGUAGCGUACUUUCGCAUGGGCGAGCGGCAGAUGUUGUGCAUGGCGCGGUCGGUGCUCCACUAA